AUGUAUAACGAGAUCAAAAGGCGUAUAUGGAUUCCAAGAUGCGACGAAGUUAAAAGACUUGAGGAAAAAAUAAAUAUUAAAAAGGCUGAUUUAAGGAAAAAUAAAAAAGACCUAAAUAAAUUUCCGGACGAAGACGAGAAAAAUGACAAAAAUGAUAAAAAAUUAAAAACAGCAGAAAAAUUAGAAAAAGAUAAUAAAAAUAGAUUAAAUAAAAAAAUUAGUUUAGUAACGCUUAAUAAGCUCACAGGUAAAUUAGCAGACAAUAUUAAUAUAGAUAACAGCUGGGAUACAACAGUUAAAUUAGUUAAUUAUUUAGAUUAG